AUGGUCUUCUUACGAAAAAAAUGGUCACAGAAGGUCCCUUCUUUGACCAGACUCUCUUUUAACGCCUCUCUCGUCCUCUGCGCAGUUUUCGCCCUGUUCUCGAAUGUAUCCGAAGCAUUUGAGAAGUGGGAGAGGCCUUUAGGGUGGAACCCUCAGUACGGACCUCGGUAUGUGGUAUUCUGGGGGAACCCUGCCGGCCACAAAGAUCCCUUUUUGGGCACCUGCACUUACGAGCAUUACACAGCCACCCCGGUAUCCACGAAUCCCGCCCUCACGCCCUUCCAAGAUUUCCAGAUAGCCAAGCUAUAUGAAAGCGCUCAAAAUAAUGCAGGGGAUUUACCUAUGGCUCCCGCGGACUUGGCAAAGCUCAAAAACCUGCCUUAUUACGAAGUUUCACCGGCUUUGCGAUACUCGUUCCUUCCACCUGAAGCGCUGCCCUUCACUGGCAUCCAGAACCCCCGUAUGCUUAUGAAGGCGGCAAAAGCAGUUGCCCUGGAGCUCGGGUGGAACUUUUUGUCUCGUUUAAAGAGUAAUGAAGGGAUUCAUUCAGCAUCCGUUGCCACCCAGCUGGAGUCCGAGGGCGCACGGCUCAUGGUGGUCGUAUUGGGGAUUCUGAAGGGAAUGAAGCAGGGUACAGACCAGUUUUCUGAAGACACGUAUGCAGGAAGCGCAGAGAAAUUUUUGGAACUAGUUAAAGUGAUCCGCAAACAAGCGGGUUGGGACUCCUCCAAAUAUAUGUACUGGCUUGACGCGGCAAAUCUCAAGAAAGAUGGCGAGCCUUUGUACAUCCCAGACAUGGAAGACUCUAUGUGGAAACACUCCUUAUACGUCCUGGAAUCGGUAUAUCCAAGACAUGAAGCGCCUUUUGGGGAGCUGGUCUCAAGGGGCGUCUUGUACAGAGACUGCACCCAUUUCAUGGCAAGCCAGGCAGGCCCAGCGAUAUCUGGAAAGCAGUUCCUUUGCAGAGACUCUUUCUUCGCACUAGCAGUUUCGCUCAAGGCAGGUAUGGAGCAGCUGACCACAAUUGUUUCCUCCAGAAGCCAAAAGUUGUUCACCCAAAGCUCGGAAAGGCUCUUAGCUCUUGUCACCGAAAAAGCGAAGGCUAUUCAGCCCGAAAGCCCUUUCUACGUGGUUGCAGCAAAAUUGCUGGUGCCUAAGGCUGGAGACCCUAUAUCAGAGUCUCAUCUCUAA